CCCAGGCAUCGUGGACGGGAGGACUGCGUACGAGUGAGAAGUUUAUAUCAAGUACUGGAAUCAUCGUAACUACAACACUUAUAAAUCAUGAGUGAGAGACAAGGAUCUGGAGCCAUGAGUGGAAACAGCAAACCUUCUGGACAAGAUGACUCUAAGAAGGAUGCUCCUGAGGAGGACUUCGCGGACAUCGACAUGAAGGCCCCGGAGACGGAGAAGGCUGCUGUGGCCAUCCAAUCACAGUUCAGGAAGUUCCAGAGCAAGAAGAAGCAGGAAGUGAAGUCCUAGAGUGGGCAGGACAGGGCCGGGCAGCUCUGUCUCCUAUAGGCUGGGACUGCACCAGUUGGGGGCUUGGUCUUGCAUGUCAAUCAAACCACACUGUUAUGGACUCAACUGAGGGAGAGGGGGAGGGGGGGUAGAGGGGAGGGGGAGUCCUGGAGGGAGGGUUUGGGGUUCAAGAAUCAAGGGAUCACUACGGAUAUCUUUGUGAAAUUAUUAUGCGUAACUUAUUAUUGAUUGCUGUAUCCAUAAAUUAUGGUUAAAUUCAGGAUAUAUCUUGAUAUUUCCUAUGAUUUAGCUAUUUCAGUUUUUAUUGAUAGUGUUAUACUCUCUAUAUUGUCCAGUUGCUGUAGCAGUCCAAACCCUUAAUAGUCCUCUCAUGUCUCAUGUCCUGUACGCUGUAAUAUACACAUUUGAACAGUAAAAAGCUGUUUGAUAAGUAGGUUCUCUCGUAAAGCAAUUAAGAAACUGGAACUAGGGUUUAUCACCCUCAGGAGGAACAUGUAUCGUUAUGAUUGAUCGUCAGAUUCCAGUCAUGAUUGCAUUGGCAUUAUUUUCAGCUGUGGCAUCAUAAAUCAAAAUAUUUUAUUUUCCUAGGAGGUCUGUUAAUGGUGUUUCCCUCUUGCUGUGGAGUGUUUCCAGACAAUACAGCUUGUUUUGUUUGAUCACUCCCAGCUAGCGCAUCGCCCAGUGUAUUUCAUACCUUAAGACUGAAGCAUUUAGAAUUGAAUCAAUGGGUCAAAUUUGCAUUCCAAUGUCUCCGAUGUUUCUGCAACUUGGCAACUAAAUCUAGGGCUUAUUCCAUUAUUCACAUGAGAAUUGUGGAUCUUUUCUUCCUUCUUUUCUUCCCUUUAACAUCCACGUCAAUAGAAAAUGUUUUUAUUAGUUGUUUUUAUGACUUUUUUUUACAUUCGUUGUUUUUGAUUGUGUGUUUCUAUUGAUAGAUAUUGUACUUGUGAUUUGAAUCCCCAUUGUUUACUUUGAAGUCAUUGUUCAAAACCAAAUGAGUAGAAUAUACUGUACAAUACCAUCAUAUUUAAAAGCAUAUAUACUUAAUAAAUAUCCCAAAGA